AUGAGUUUCCCCACCAAUGAUGCACACAGAAGAUUCAUUGAAAUGACUGAGAAAGCCAACGCAGCGAAUACCGGAGUGAAAGUUAUGGCGUCUAUUGGUGGUUACGAUAAUUCAGAAAUGUUUCUUUAUAUAUUGAGAAACACCACAAGAAGAAGAACUUUCAUCAACUCGAUUGCUUCAUUGAUUUUGAAGCACAAUUUGGACGGAGUAGAAAUUCAUUGGGUUUGGCCGUCCGGAAAAAGAGAGAAAGAAAUAUAUUGUUCGCUCAUCAAAGAAGUAAGAGAGAAACUAACAACGAUGGUAUGUGAAAACUGCGAGAAGUACAUUCUGACAAUCCCGUUGCCGCCAGUGAUUUUCGAUAUGCAGAAUAGUUUCGACCUGGAAUUUUUUGUACAAUACGUCGACUUUUUCAACGUGAUAUCAUUCGAAUACUAUGGAGUUUGGGACGCUUCUGAUGGAAUUUAUGUUGGACCGAAUGCUCCAUUGUUUGGAGGAAAGAGAGGAAAUGUGGAUGACACGAUGAAAUAUUACACUUGCAAACUGAUGGAUCCAAGCAAACUAACAAUGGGAAUCCCAUUUUAUGGAAAAACUUGGAAGAAUGUAAAAGAGGAAAUCAACCAGACAGAGUACGAAGAAAUAUGCUCGAUGCAAAAAUGCAGAACUAACGAUACAUUCCAACCAUCGAAUAUCUGGAGAAUGGUAUCAUUGAUGAAUGGAAAACCUGAAGGAUCUGAUAUUGAAUAUGGUGAAUUAAUUCGAGACCAGUGGAAUUUGACAUCAACGUCUUGGGAUAAACAAUCAAAAAGUGAAUACAUCUGGGAUCGGAAGAGGCGAACUAUGUCGAUUCUGGAGACAAUGAGAACUGUGACUGCAAAGUUGAAGUAUGCUUAUGACUUCAAUCUGGGAGGAGUCAGUGGAUUCACUGUUGACAUGGACAACGAGUCAUCUCUAUUGGAACUUCUGUCGUUUGUUGAUUUAUGCUCACGCAGUCCGAUCAAAGAAGUUAAAUAUAAUUGCCAGAAUGUGCUCAAAUUCAAUGAGUAUGAACAUCAUGAUAGACCGUGGACAAGGAAAAGAGUUUCAAAAUAUGUUGCUGUAUCUGUAGUUGUUUUGUUAGUUUGUGGGAUUGUCGCUUUCGGAUUAUCAACUGUGUUUUUCUAUUUUCUUGAUGGCUCGGACGACACGAGAUACCCAAUACCUCUUCCACCGGCAGCAAAAUGUGGGAAGCGAAUAAUUGGAUACUAUUCUGGAUGGGAACGUCGAACGAUAUCUGAAAAUCAAGUUAGCAAAUUGACACAUGCUAUAUUUGUUGCUGUGAGAAUGUAUCAAAAUGGUCAGAUUGGAUUCCACAAUUCUGAAUACAGUGGAAGAUUUUUUGAUAUGAAAAAGAAGGCGAGACGGGUGAAUUCGGAUAUAAAAGUGAUGAUUGGAGUUGGCGGAAAAGGAAAUUCCCAAUUCUACUCUUCAAUAUUUGCGGAUACUCAAAAGAGAAAAACAUUUGUGAAAUCUAUUUCCGAGUUCCUCUCUACUCACAAAGUGGAUGGAGUCGAAAUUGAUUGGACAUAUCCAUUUGCCGAUAAAGUUGACAAGAACACUACCGUAAUAUUUUUCAAAGAACUCCGUCAGUCAUUAAAAGAUUUGGAACACAAGAAGGGAGUCAAAACACCUUAUCUGAUAAGCAUGCUGACUCCUCAAAUAAUAUGGAAUCAAUUGGAUGGAUAUGAUCUGAAAGGAAUUCUCGACCAUGCUGAUUUUCUGAAUCUGAUUUCUUAUGAAUAUUAUAGUCCCUGGAAUGUAAAAGAGGGAGCAUAUACUGGACCUCUUGCACCCAUUUAUGGAGGAAAACGUGGAAAUAUUGAUGACACGAUGAAAGUUCAUACAUGUCAAACGCGGAAGCCAAAUCAAGUGAUUCUAGGAGUUCCAUUGUAUGGAAAAUUCUGGAGAAAUGUGAAAGAGAAACCAAUAAAUCAGACGGAAACGAUGUGUAAAGAGGAAUCCUGUAGAAUUGAGGAUCCAGUUGAUAUAUCGGAUAUUUGGAGAAUUGCAGAAAAGAAAAAAGGAAAAGGAUUUGGAGGUUUCAUUAGUUGGAAUGAGAGGGAAAGUGAUGAUGUUGGAGUGAUUUGGAAUAAAACAGAAGAAAAAUGGCACAAUAUUUCAAAAAGUGCAUACAUCUGGAGACCUGAGGAUCGGAUUCUGAUUACAUAUGAAAAUAAGAGAACACUACAAGAGAAGAUCAAGUAUGCAAUCGAGAAGAAUCUGGGAGGAAUCAAUAUUUGGUCGUUGAAUAUGGAUGAUGAGCAGGAUUCAGCAUUGAGUUUGAUAUCGUCUGCUGAAUUGUGUGAUGGAAAGAAGAAAAACGAGAUUAUGUACAAAUGUUGA